AUGAUCGAUCAGCAUGGCCGAACACCUUUAUCGGGGGCCGCAGAGGACGGGCAGGAGGUUAGUGUCAAGCUGCUUCUUGAUAGAGGUGCCAUAAUCGAGACAAAGGAAAACUUCGGCCAGACACCACUAUCACAGGCCGCGGCGAAUGGGCAUAUCCAUAUUGUCAAGCUGCUUCUUGACAGAGGUGCCACAAUCGAGACACAAAAUAAUCACGGCCAGACACCGCUAUUACGGGCCGCGGAAAACGGGCAUAAUGAUACUGUCAAGCUACUUCUUGAUCGAGGCGCUAUAGUUGAGACACAUGACAACUUCGGGCAGACACCACUAUCAAGAGCCGCGGAAAAUGGGUAUCAGGAUAUUGUUAAGCUGCUUCUUGGUAUAGGCGCCACAUUUGAGACACAGAAUAAUUCUAGCCAGACACCGCUAUCACAGGCCGCGGCGAAUGGGCAUACGAAUGUUGUCAAGCUGCUUCUUGAUAGAGGCGCCACAGUCGAGACACAGGAUAAAUCUGGUCAGACAGCGCUAUUACAGGCCGCGGCGAACGGUCACAUCCAUAUUGUCAAGCUGCUUCUUGAUAGAAGCGCUAUGGUCGAGACACGGGAUAAGUCCGGUCAGACACCGCUAUUACAGGCCGCGGCGAACGGACAUACCGAUACUGUCAAUCUGCUUCUUGAUAGAGGCGCCACAGUCGAGACACAGGAUAAAACCGGUCAGACACCGCUAUUACAGGCCGCGACGAACGGUCAUAUCCAUAUUGUCAUGCUGCUUCUUGAUAGAGGCAGCAUAGUCGAGAUACAGGAUAACUUCGGGCAGACACCGCUAUCACGGGCCAUAGAGAGAGGACUUAAGGAUGUUGUCAAUAUGCUUCUAAAUAGAGGCGCUACAAUCGAGACACAGAACAACUACGGCCAGACAUCGCUAUCACAGGCCGCAGCGAGCGGGCAUAAGGAUAUUGUCAAGCUACUUCUUGAUAGAGGUUCCACAGUCGAGAUGCAGAACAAGUACGGCCAGACAUCGCUAUCACAGGCCGCGGCGAACGGGCAUAAGGAUGUUGUCAAGCUACUUCUAGAUAGAAGCGCUAUAAUCGAGACAAGGGAUCAGUCCGGUCAGACACCGCUAUUACAGGCCACGGCGAACGGACAUGAGGAUAUUGUUAAGCUGCUUCUAAAUAGAGGCGCUAUAAUCGAGACAAAGGACAACUCCGGCCAGACACCGCUAUCACGGGCCGCAGAGAAUGGGCGUGAGAAUAUCAUCAAGCUACUACUUGAUAGAGGCGCCACGAUCGACACACAGGACAAGUACGGCCAGACACCGCUGUCGUACGCGGCAGAGAAAGGGCUUGACGAUAUUGUCAAGCUGCUUCUUGAUAGAGAUUUCACAGUCGAGACACAAGACAAGUACGGCCAGACACCGCUAUCACGGGUCGCGGAGAAUGUGUCUUGUCAAGCUGCUUGA